GAGCGAGUAGAAAAGUUGCCAGGCAAGAGAAACAAUCAGAAUAAUCAGCUAAAUAAUAAAAAAAUGAGCAUUAUUCUACCAAUGAAGCUGCUAUUGCCUUCAACAACUCCUACUAGAUUUCCAUCUCCUUUUCUCUCUUCUGCAAACCCUAAUUUUAGUUUCUCCUCUUUGUGUACUUUCAGAAGAAACCCACAUUUUCUCUCCAGGAAAAAGUGGCUCUGUGGACAUACAAGAAGAGAGCAAGAGGUGGAUGACUAUAGAUUUGAUGAGGACAAUGCGGUUUGCUUAUUUGGUUCUGAUGAAGAUACUGGGACACAAAUUCCAACACAAGCCCAAUCUGUUGUGGAGGGAUCGAGGGAAGUUAUGGUUUCGGAGCUGAAACCGGUUCCUGAUGUAGAUUAUUUGCAGGAGUUAUUAGCAAUUCAGCAGCAAGGGCCUAGAGCUAUUGGUUUUUUUGGAACUCGGAAUAUGGGAUUCAUGCACCAAGAGCUUAUUGAGAUUCUUAGCUAUGCAUUAGUUAUAACUAAAAACCAUAUUUAUACAUCAGGUGCGUCAGGUACUAAUGCAGCUGUCAUCAGAGGUGCUUUAAGAGCAGAGAAACCAGAGUUGCUUACUGUAAUUUUGCCACAGAGCUUGAAGAAACAACCACCUGAGAGUCGGGAAUUAUUGGAAAAGGUCAAAACUGUUAUAGAGAAGCCUUAUAAUGAUCAUCUACCUCUUAUAGAAGCCAGCAGGCUUUGUAAUAGGGACAUCAUUUCACAUGUACAGCAAGUCAUUUGCUUUGCCUUCCAUGACAGCAAGUUGCUGAUGGAAACAUGCCUAGAAGCCAAGAAUCUCCGGAAAAUUGUGACUCUCUUUUACCUGGACUGAAACAAUGCCUUCAAAUGUCCAUAUAAAUUGCUUAGAGAGUGAUCUUUUGCCUGUAAAUUAUACAAAUUGGAAUGGGGGCUGGUUUGCUGCUCCUUUCAUUGCAAGUCAAGUGGAUUCUUAUUGAUUCAUUGAAUAUUGGAAGGAAAUAAGUUUUAUAU